AUGACCGCGUUGCGGCGCAGAGCUAACUCCUUAUCGCCGAGCGGUAACUUUGGUAUCAGUAUGAGUAGCACUCAUUCAUUCAAGCUUGGGUCCUCGUUGGAUGUCGGCAUCGACGGGCUGUUUGUGUCGUCGCUCGAAGGUCGCGCGCACUACAAGCCACGGCCUGCGGAUUUCGAGCCCAUCAAGGUGUUGGGCCGUGGUGCGUUCGGCAAGGUGCUCCUCGUACGGGAAAUUGCUACGGGGCGCCUCUUUGCGCAGAAGCAAUUGAAAAAGGCCACAAUGAUUGUGGAGAACAAAAACGUUGAGCGCACAAUGAAUGAGAAGUCCAUCUUGGAGGCAGUCCGCCAUCCCAACAUCGUCAAGUUGUAUUACGCGUUCCAGGACAACCACAAGGUAUAUCUCAUUCUCGAGUACGUCGAGGGCGGCGAGCUAUUCAGCCAUUUGGCGCAGGAGCGCAUUUUAUCGGAAACCAAGGCCGCCUUCUACGUUGCCGAGAUGGUGUUGGGCUUGCAUCACUUGCACCAGAAUGUAGGGGUCGUCUACCGCGACUUGAAGCCAGAAAACUGCUUGCUCGACAGGGAUGGCCACUUGGUGCUCACCGAUUUUGGUUUGUCCAAGGUGUCUGAGGACGAUAAGUGCACCACGUUAACGGGCACCCCUCAGUAUAUGGCUCCUGAAAUUCUUCAGGGCAAGCCGUACGACUAUGCCGUUGACUGGUGGUCUCUUGGGUGCGUAUGUUUCGAUUUGUUAACCGGCUCACCCCCUUUCACUGGGAACAACCACAAACGCAUCAUGGAAAAGAUCUUGAAGGACAAGGUCAAGUUUCCGUUCUACCUCAGCGCCGAUGCCAAGGAUUUGUUGAUCCGUUUGCUCCGCAAGGAGCCCAGCAAACGUCUUGGGGAUAACAACAUUGAAACCAUUAAGAACCACCGGUUCUUCCGCAAGAUCGACUGGAAGCUCUUGGAAGCGCAUGACCCCUCAUUGGAACCACCUAUCCUCCCGAUAAUCACUGACCCGAUCCUAGCUGAGAAUUUUGACAGGGAGUUUACGGACAUGGCGAUCAGUCCAGUGGCACAGGGGUUCUUAGAAGGGAGGGAAGAUAAUCCGUUGCACUUAAAUGGGUUUUCCUACACCAAUGAGAGUUACUUAGAGUCGAGAUGCAAGUAA